ACCUCUUCCGGCCUCCUCUUGCAAGGUUCCUGCGAGGCGGCGACGUCGUUCGCUCCGGCCGGUGCUGCUUCCGGAGCCGUUCUGAUUUUCGAACCGACCGGCGGGGAUGUCGGGGUCUUGGUCCAAUCCAGCCCUCGGGGGAGCAACCAGCGACGAUGAUGCCAACACAUCGCCCCCACGGCGGCCUCCGAGCCCGAGCACACCGCGGCGCCGGCUGCCGCCGUGGCACCCAGACUUCACGGGCCUGUAUCGGCUGCCGGAGACAGAGUACCAUCCUUCAGAGCUUCAGCCACCGGGGCGCCGACGGCCGACGAGCGAGGAUGCAUCUGACUCCGCGAGGACGAAAAAGAUCAAGUCCAGGGCAUCGGAAUCGGAGUCAGAUCCUGACAUGUCUUCACAGGAGGAGCCGGGCUCAGGCUCAGGCUCAGGCUCAGACUCCUCGGCGCACAGCUCCCCGGCCCGUGAGCCGGAGAUGCCGCUCGUACCAAUCUGGAGGAACUCCAAGGGGAAGUUGGUCUACGGCUUCUCUGACGACAAGGCCGCUGUGGCCAAAUAUCACCAGGAUUUACGCAAGUAUGAGGAGAAGCUAGCUCGACAAGAACAAUUACUGACGCUCAAGCUGCCUUCCAAGGCCCCUGGUACCAACGAACUCUACGGCUGCCCCAAGCACAAGGACAUGAUUUUAAACGCUGCCAAAUCUAUCCUGAGUCUUUCAGCCUAUCUUGAUGGAAAAGAGAUUAACCGGUGCGCAGGCAUUGUUGUCAAUCGAGAUGAAGAUAGGAAAUCUCUUACUGUUCUCACCUCUGCCUGGAUUAUCUGCACUGAGAAACCAUCUAAUGAUUGGCUCGAUAAAGAAUAUGCUCCUCAAGCUAAGGUAAAAGUGAUGUUCAACUAUCAUGUUAGCUAGCUACACAAAUAUUUCCUUUUUAUUUUAUUUGGAUAUGAAUGGAGACAAUAAAUGUGUUGGAGUUAUUGGCCAUAACCCAUAUAAUAAUUCAUAUUUUGUGCCAAUAAUUCAAAGUAAAUCCCAGAGGCUCAUGUGGCCCAUCCAUGCAUGACAAGGUUGUGUAGAAAAUUGACCAAUGCCACGUGUAUGCGCUGUUUUAUCACGCGAGAAGAAAGUUGAAACAAUUGACACAUAAAUGGGAGAAGAAACUGAACACUUCGUGUGAGUUUUAGUGCGCUCGUUUCUUCUCUCCUUAAUGGUUUUUAGUGCGUCUGUUUAAUGGUGUUUAUUGCACCAGUUUCUCUUCUACUAAUGAAGGCCAGUUUCAACUCUUCUCACGUAUAUAAGAGGUCGCUCCUCUGUUGUUCCAAGCAGCACAACAACCUUUCGUAUCAUUCCAAAGCAUUGAGCCGCCUAUCUCUUUCCCAUCUCUCUUCCUGGCGUGCACCGGGAAGUGAGACAGCAGGCCUCCGAAACCCCGCCUCUUGUGAUCCGGUACGGGAGAGGGGCGGUCAGGUUUUUGGGGAGCGUCCUUACGCGACUGCUGGAGUCUUGUUCAUCGUGGCUGCGAACGGCGACAUCACUGACGACGAGUUCCCUAACGACGACUUCUUCCCCGAUGUCAACGACCUCUUCA